UGUUCACUGACUGUAAUUACAACCUCAGAACAUUAGGUGGCAGUGUUAAAAAAAAGGCAGAGACUGUAGGAUGGGAGAAGAGAGAAGAAGUGUGAAUAAGAGUGAGACGUAUACGACAUGCUUGCUCCUGUGCUACCUUGAUUAUUUCUAUGUAAUGUUUUGUUAAGUAAACAGCAUUUUGUUCUAACGCAUUCGUAUAUGCUCCGGCCUGCUUAUUCGAGCGCCUUACUACAUUUCUGGCAACACUACAUUUUGGCGACGAGUUUUGUGUUUUCACCUCUUCUUUUUUUUUUUGCUGACUCACCAUGGCUGGAAACGUGCCUGCACCUCCGAUGUUUUUGCCGUGUCCGGGAGAGCCCCCGAUACCUUUCGACAUGUGGCUGCGGAUUUUCAAGAACUACCUACUGGUAAUUAAUGCAACGGGAAAUGCUUGGCCUGAAGCGCGCAGGAGAGCUACGCUACUCCACUGUCUCGGAACCGAGGGACAACGGACUUUCUACUCGCUACCAGAUACGGGUGACUCCUUUGACUCUGCUGUCACUGCUUUAGAGAAACAUUAUACACCUAAAGUAAACGUUGUUGUGGAACGACAUACCUUCAGACAGCGAAAACAAGCACCUCAUGAGACUAUUAUACAGUAUGCGGCCGUAUUGCAUGAUCUCGCUUCAAAAUGUGGAUUUGAUGAUAAAACCGAUGAGAUGAUCCGUGAUCAGCUGAUUGAACAUGUGAAUAACUCAAACAUAAGAGAGAGGCUCCUGCUCGAAUCGGAUCUGACACUGGACAAAACCUUAACACUUGCAUCACAAGUAGAAUCUGCUAUUCAACAAGCUAAAACUAUAACAGGAAACGACAGUGUCUCAGUGCAAGCUGUACAACCUCGUUCACAAUUCACUAAAAAGAAAUACACACAGCACAUUCAUCCUAAUAAGCCAUUCAAUGCCUCCACUACAUCUUCCCGCAGCUGUUUCAGGUGUGGUUCUAACACACAUCUGGCUAAUUCUUCUCAGUGUCCUGCAGCCAAAGCAACUUGCAAGUCUUGCCAUAAAGUUGGACAUUUUGCUCGUGUUUGCCGCUCAUCCAAGACAAGUGAUGUACGUGAGAUUCAGCUACCUAAACUGACUGUGCUAUACUUAAACAACACUUGCCAUGCACCACAUACACUCACAUGCAAAAUCAAUAUCAGUACUCCUGCUUCUCUUACCAAAGAGCAUGAAAUGGUUGUUGACACAGGAUCAGCAGUAUCUAUUUUGCCACACCACAUCUAUGUUCAGUAUUUCAAUGACACACCACUGCUUCCACCUGUUAGUCAGUUAGUGACUUACACAAGGAAGAGAAUUCCUGUGCUUGGUUGCCUACAAGUCAAAGUGAGUAGAGGAGUUCUCACUGCCCCAGUUACAUUUUACGUGGUGAAGAAGGGCACUUCUCUUUUAGGAAGAGAUCUCAUGAAAGCCUUAAGCAUCUGCAUUGAAGGUAACACUAUCCUUCCUCCCGUGUUUACCACAAACUCUGCAUCUGCUCCCUGUAUCCCUACUGCUCCUGCUGUUAGCUGUGUGACUGUUUCAACCGCUUCCUGCAUCCCUACUACUCCAGACAUUGGUUGUGCACAAAACUUUGUGCAUAAGGUGAAAAUUGACCCCACUGUUAAACCAGUACGCCAGAAAUUACGACGCCUGCCUUUUGCUGUAAGAGCUUCUGUCUCAGCUGAACUUGACCGCUUGCUGAAAGCUGGUGUGAUUGAAAAAAUUGAUGCAUCACCUUGGGUUUCGCCUAUUGUAGUUACAGGACGGAAAACUGGUGGAAUACGAAUGUGCACAGAUCUCCGUGAACCAAACAAGGCUGUGGUCACAGAUUGCUACCCUCUACCUCAUCUGGAUGUUUCUGCUCGUCGUGCAGUUCAGAGACAUCAGAAUAACAUGCAGCAUUACACUGAUGCUAAACGUGGCGCAUGCAUGCCUUCUUUUCGACCAGGAGAGAGAGUGAGGAUAAGGAAGCCUAAUCACGUCCCUAAAGCUCAUCCCAGAUUUACUUCCCCUACAACCGUGAGGAAGAGGAUAGGUCCAAAUUCUUUCUUGCUGAGUGAUGGAAAAAUUUGGAAUGCCUCUCAUCUUGCCAAGAUUCCUCCUGUGGCUGGACAAGACUGCGACACAUCUCGACUGAUACACACAGGUGUUAGUCAUUCCCCCUCUCACAAACAGCCACGUGUUAAAUACAAGCCCAAGUGGCUUAAGGACUAUGUCAUGCAAUAGUUGAUUAAAGAGAAGCUGGGAUGAUUCUAGUAACUUGAUUGUUAUAACUAAGACUGUUUACAAGGUUCGAAGUACUUUAGUUUAUUCACUCGAUAAGAGUCAAGUUUAAGUAUAGGUAAUUUACUGUUUACAGUGAUUUUACAGUUACAUGUUAAUGCACCUUAUGUAAAGAUACUUUAUUCACGAUUUCUGAUGCAAUGGUACCACAAGAGUUGUAUUUGACAGAACUACAUUUCAAUUCAUUACAUUUAACUACUACGUUUUCCUGUUUGCAUUCACUUUGUAUAGAGAGUGUAUUCUUUUACAGAGAGAGGAGAUGUUGUGUUCACUGACUGUAAUUACAACCUCAGAACAUUAGGUGGCAGUGUUAAAAAAAAGGCAGAGACUGUAGGAUGGGAGAAGAGAGAAGAAGUGUGAAUAAGAGUGAGACGUAUACGACAUGCUUGCUCCUGUGCUACCUUGAUUGUUUCUAUGUAAUGUUUUGU